AUUUUUUUUUUUUUUUUUUUUCCCAUCAGCCAUGGCAACGCUCCUCAAGCGCAAGCGCUCCGCCUCCGAGCUCUGCUCGCCCGGCGCCGCCAACUCUAUGAUGGACGCCUCCGUGCCGGCGAACCUGCACAGCCGCACCCUCAAGCGCUACCGCGACAACAGGCCGUCGGACGACGAGGUCCAUCGUAAGUUCUACGAAUGGCGCGCCCACCACCACUUGAGCAUCCCCAACUCAUCAUCUUGCGCGCCCGCAGAGCACACCCUGGGCCUGCUGUACUCGGCUCAGCAGCGGCCCCAGCAGCAGCAGUUCCGCGACGAAGCCCCGACCGCUGCCGCGCCGCCCGUCGCUGCGUCGUCGUCGUCGAACCACCAGCAGUCGCUGCACCGCUUCUGGAGCAUCGGCUCCGAGCCCAGCUCGGCGAGCUCGUCGCCCGGCAUUGAGAACCCCCCCGCGCCGCUGCCCACCAGCUGCGACGACUGCGGCGCCGCCCUGGCCGGCGGGAGCCGCGGCGACGAGAUGGACGUGGACAGCAGCGAUGCCGUCGAGGAUACAGCCUGUGGCGCCUGCGGCAAGCACGUCUGCUUCAGCUGCUCGGUGAGCAAUCUGGGCGAGCAGAAGCGCUGCUUGCAGUGCGCGGGACGGAGAGUCUGGAUUGGCGGCAUUGGCUGGACCACUGCUGGUUUCGGUCUGCUAAAGCAGGUUGUGAGCUCCCAAUUAGGGUCAUGAUUAUUUCAUUUCUUCAUUUUAUUUCUUUCUCCUUUUUUUUCACACCCGUUGCGGCUUCUUUGAUCGAGCCUUGGAGCGGCUUAUGCUUGCUUAUGAUUUGGGUCGGCUGGCGUUAUGGACAAAAUGUGCCCAAGUGUUGGCUGUAUUGCUGGUAUGCUUAGCGAGCAUCAAUGUAGACUUGUACAAUGAGCUUUUUGAAUAACACAUCUGCAUCAGUCUUGGCUUCCGUUGAAUGCAUGGCGACGUGUAUCCUAUACUUGUCACUUGUGCUCAGAACUCCUUUUGAGAGUAGAAAGUAAUAGUAAUAGAUGGUAGCUGCAGCUGCAAUUACAUACAUAAUAG